UGGGAAAGUAGCUUAUACUGUAAAAUAGCAUCGAUGAUCAAUGUGGCGCAUGUUCUGUAUACAAAUACCUAUUAUUUGUUUACCUAACCGGAGCGCACUCCCCAUUACCACACACACUCUCACGUGCGGAAGAUUAACUCUGAUUCUCAUAAUUACAGGUUGCUUUUUCCUCUUGAAUAAACAACAUUACUUUUCCAAUAAGACUACAUUAUAGUGUUUUCUUCUCUUUUCUGUAAAUGGCUUAGGUAUGUAAACCAUUGCGUGAGGCUGAAUUUGAGCAUAGAGAAGCAUUUGAGAGAUCUAGUAUCGACGAGUAGGGAUUGGACUCCAUUUAGCAAGAGCAACGUUAGCUUGAACACGGAAAAUACGUACCGGGUGAAACUGAGUUUUUCAUACGUCUGCUGAUCAUGAAUAGGCAAGGUUGCAGUGGGGAGAAUGUUUCACCAAGGAACAUUUCCAUUGGAAUAUCAAGAAAUGGUCUGACUAACGGUCUAUCAGAGGAGGAUGAGGAUGAUUUAAAGAUGGAGCUAGCAAAGACAGAGGAUGAGAUGCAGACAUUGCGGCAGGUGCUCUUGGCCAAAGAGAAAUAUGUGGUGGACAUCAAGAGGCAGCUGGGUAUGGGCCCCUUCAGUGAGAUUAAACAGAACAUGUCCAAAGGCUGGCAUGAAGUCCAAACCUCCAACAUAUAUCUGACCGCCUCAGCUACUCUGGAGGACAUCAGCCAAUCUAACGCGUAUAAGAUGACCCAUGACACUAUUUCUCAUGCAGGACAGAUCAGCACUGCUGCCAUGUCCACAAUGGGUGUGGCCAUCACUAGGAGACUGGGAGAAAUGAGAGCACUGCCUUUGCCAAGCCCACCUCGCCCCUCCUUGGGCCACUCCAUCAGUGUGCCUGCUAUGAGUAUGAGACAUUCCAAUACAUUCAAGUCCUUUGAAGACAUGGUGGGAAGCGUGAAGAACAAGGUGUCUGGGAGUCGAGGGAAUGAUGGAAAUGUCUCUGGGUUUGGCAGAAGCCCAUCUCAGAACAGUGGUUCCUUCUAACAUAAUCCACCUAAUUUUCCCUCUUCCAUCUGUAAUCUUACUACAGUAUACUCCCUUAAUCACUUUCACCUGAUGUCAUUGUCCACACUACCCCAUCAGACAUUAAACAUUUUGUAGGAUGUUGAUGAAUGAAUAAAUGACCAAAUACAGUUUCUAUGGAUUCCGUGUGGGCUAUGCAGAGAUAUUUAACUUUUUUGUUGUUGUUGGAGUGGGGUGGGAGAGAUUUAAAAUGUCAUACUGUGAAUUGAAUGUCAUCAAGGUACAAAUGUUUUUCUACAAUUUUAUAGAAUGUAGCUUUAGUUGUGAGAUAGGAGUAAUGCAUUUUGUAUAUCUUUGUCAGUGUUGGUUCCAACCAUUCAUUCAUUUAAAAUGUUAAAUAGUAUUUCCAAUAUCCAGAUAUUUAUAUUGUCCUGUUGAUUGAAGGAAAAUAGUACUGUUAGCUUAUUUCCUGCUACUGCAUUCUAAGAACAUAACAAUCCCAAAUGUACAGUGAAGUAUUUUUGUACUUUGAGAAUUUUUUAUUAAAACGUAUUAGAUGUGG